AUGGUGUUAGGAAUGAUAAAUGAGAUUCAACAAUAUCUCGAUGCAAGGUACAUUGGACCUCCAGAAGCUGUUUGGCGAAUAUUUAGUCAUCCUUUGCAUGCAGAGAUGCCAACAGUUGUACGAUUGACACUUCAUUUACCUGGAAUGCAUCGUGCUCCAGAAGAGUCAUUACAAAUGAUUCAAUCUAGAGCUGGUCAACAAAUGUCAACUCUUACUAGCUUCUUUGCAUAUUGUGCUGCCAAUGAAGAUGAAUGUCCAUUCACUUAUCAAGAAUUCCCACAACAUUUUGUUUGGCUCAAGUCAGAAAAUAGAUGGAAAUCAAGAGAAAGGGGAUAUGCAAUUAGUGAGGCACAACAUGCAGAUCCACAAAUUACUAUUGAUUGUCUCAAUAAUGGACAACGGAAUGCUUAUAAUACAAUCACUUCUUCAGUUUUUCAAAAUAAAGGAACUGUUUUCUUUCUGAAUGGGGGUGCUGGAACAGGAAAAACAUUUAUGUACAAUACGAUUGCAUUAAAAUGUCGCAGCCUUGGGCAUAUCAUUGUUACUGUGGCUUCGUCUGGAAUUGCAUCAUUGUUACUGGUAGGACGUUGCACUGCACAUUCAACAUUUUUCAUCCCGUUAGAUGUCUUGGAAAAUUCACUUUGUGGGUUUAGCAAAUAA